AUGAGAACACCCUUCUUCAAGUCUAAGGAAAUGUCAAAAAGCCACGCUUCUGAGUUCAUCAAGUUUUUGGACGCUUCGCCUACGCCUUACCAUGCAGUUGCUUCUAUAAGGCAGCAUCUUGUCUCCCAUGGGUUCAAGGAAUUGAGUGAGAAGACUGCUUGGCAUGGCAAAGUUGAGCAUAAUGGUAAAUAUUAUGUUACUAGGAACAACUCUUCUAUUAUCGCGUUUUCCGUUGGUGGCAAGUGGAAGCCAGGUAAUCCAAUUGCUGUUACAGGUGCUCAUACCGAUUCACCUGCGUUGAGAAUUAAGCCAAUCUCCAAGAGGGUGAGUGAGAAGUAUGCACAAGUUGGUGUAGAGACUUAUGGUGGUGGUAUAUGGCAUUCCUGGUUUGAUUCUGAUCUUGCCUUGGCUGGUAGAGUGUUUGUCAACGAUAAAUCUUCUGGCAAGAUUGUCUCUAAGUUAGUUGAUUUAAAGAGACCUCUCUUGAAGAUCCCAACUUUGGCUAUUCACUUGGACAGAGAAGUUAACCAAAAAUUUGAAUUCAACAAAGAGACUCAACUUCUACCAAUUGCAGGUUUGGUCAAGGAUGAGAAAAAUGAUAAGUCUAAGAACGAUAAUAAUUCUGGAGCUAUCAAAUCUAUUGUGGAGCGCCACCACAAAGAACUUUUGGACCUUGUUGCCAAAGAGCUGGAAUUGAAAUCUGUGGAAGAUAUCGAAGAUUUUGAAUUGAUCCUAUACGAUUACCAAGGUCCAACCCUUGGUGGUAUCAAUGACGAGUUUGUCUUCUCCGGAAGGCUAGAUAACUUGACCUCUUGUUUUACUUCUAUGCACGGUCUAACAUUGGCUGCUGAUACUGAUUUGAGUAAUGAGAGUGGUAUUAGAAUGAUGGCUUGUUUCGAUCAUGAAGAAAUUGGCUCCUCAUCUGCACAAGGUGCUGACUCAACAUUUUUGCCAAGUGUGAUUGAACGUUUGUCUUACUUAAAGGCAGAUGGUACAGAUGCUGAAAACCCAGUUACUGUACCUUCCUAUCAUGAAACUUACUCUAGAUCAUUCUUCUUGUCAUCUGAUGUUGCUCAUGCAGUUCAUCCUAAUUACGCUUCAAAGUAUGAAUCGCAACACAAGCCUCUAAUUGGUGAAGGUCCAGUCAUCAAAAUUAAUGCCAAUCAGCGCUACAUGACUAACUCACCUGGUUUGGUUCUGGUUAAAAAGGUUGCUGAGAUUUCAAAGGUACCACUACAACUAUUUGUAGUUGCAAAUAACUCUCCAUGUGGUUCCACAAUCGGUCCAAUUUUGGCAUCAAAAACAGGUAUUAGAACGUUAGAUCUAGGUAAUCCAAUCUUGAGUAUGCAUUCCAUUAGAGAAACUGGUGGUUCUCGGGACAUUGACUAUCAAAUUCAGUUGUUCCAGAAAUUCUUUGAGCAAUAUACCAAACUUGAAGAUCAAAUUGAAGUUUGA